AUGAGGAUUAAUGUAACUAUGAUAGUUUUUCUAACUAUGUCUCUAUCUCUAUCAGAGGCGCUCGAAGCAGGGGUCGACAAUGCAGAUAUUGUAGAUAAGAAUAAGUUGAAUCAACUUUUUAAUAUCAAUUACUAAGGAGAUUUGUAAGAUUCAAUUUUAAGUCUUUAGAUAUUCUGGAUAUCUAAAAGCAGAUGCAUAAGGAACAACCUAAUUUUAUUAUUUAUUUUACCCAGCUGCAAAUGAUUCACUAAAGAAACCUAUAAUUUUAUGGUUAAAUGGAGGACCUGGGUGUUCAUCAAUUUAGGGUGCGUUUAAUGAGAACGGUCCUUUUGUAUUUAAAGCAGGUACAUCCGAGUUUGAGCUAAACAAGUACUCAUGGACAAAUUUUGUAUUUAUCUGACGUAAACAGCAUUUAGGCGAAUAUGAUAUAUCUUGAAUCACCAAUAUCGGUUGGUUUUUCCUACGGCCCUUAAGUGGAGUAGUCUGAUGAAUCAACUGCUAAAUAUAACCUUCAAGCCUUGCUAGACUUUUUUAAUAAGUUUCCAGAAUAUAAAACAUUGCCACUCUUUCUUGCGGGAGAAUCAUUUGGAGGAGUAUAUGUGCCAACUCUAACAAUAGAAAUUAUUGAUUAUAAUUCUAAAUAAAGUGCCGAAAGUAGAAUAAAUUUGUAAGGGUUGGCUAUUGGUAACGGAUGCACUGAUCCAACUGAAUGUACACAUGCAGCUUGGCAAUUCUAAGUUCAUGUUUUUCACUAAGUUGGAAGGCAUAAUUUUAUAAGUGAAGAAUUAUAUGAAAAAGUAAGAAGUGUGGAAAAAUAAUGUGUUGAAGUCAAAACUGAUAUUUGUAGAUAAAUAUCACAAGAAGUUGAAGAGCAAAUAACAGGAAAGGAUUAAAAAAUCAAAGCCAACCAAUACAAUAUGUAUGGAGCAUGUUACACCUAUACUCCUGAAGGAAGUAAAAUGGCAUCAAGAUCUCAUGGCUUGAUGUCAUAUACUGAGGAUGCAGAUAUUCCUGCAUGUGCUGAUAUUUAAGGAUUAUAUCAUCAUUUAAGGUCGAAUUAAGUUAGAGAUGUAAACUAUCGAUUAUAUUUGAGUUAUUACACAUUAAACCAGAAUCAGCAGAAUGGGAAGUUUGCUCAAAGAAAUUUGUUGAUUAUAAAGAAAAUCCAAAAGGGUCUUAUUAUUUAUAUGAAGAAAUUCUUAAACAUUAAAUUAAAGUCUUGAUAUAUAGUGGUGACGUCGAUGGAGUAGUUCCUGUUACCGGAACUAUGUAUUGGCUUAAUAAAUUGCAGAAAGAAUUAUGUAUCAUAUUAAUAUCUAUUUUAUCAGCAUUGUUAACUUUAAACCCUUGGAGGCCUUGGUUUGUACCAGGAAAGAGAGAUGUUGAUGGAAAUUAAAAUGCUGGGUACGUCGUAGAUUUGGAUGGUCUAACAUUUAUGACGAUUAGAAAUGCAGGUCACAUGGUACCUCUAGAUAAAAGAGAAGAAGCAGAAAUAUUUAUGGCUAAGUUUGUAAAGCAUGAAUUAUUCCCAUGA